AGUUUUAUUUUUAGAGUAGGAAAAUAUACUUGUACACAUAGAUUGGGUUAGGCUGUCGGAGAAAUCGUUUUCGUAGUGUUAAACGAAACCUGGUUCGAACAACAUUGAAUAAUGUCUGAAAAUUUUGAUAUCAGCAGUUUAGAAGAUUGCUUGGUCAAGCAUAUUCCUCCCAAUGAGUUGAAGGAAGUUAAAAGAAUUUUAUAUGGUCGAUCAGACGACAACGCCAUUCCAAUCUGCGAAACAGCGAAGAAAAUCGCUGAAAAAAAUAAAUUUGAAGUUAAAUCUUAUCAAUUCGACGCAUUAUCAGAAGAUUCACGUUCGCCCAGGAUUGUCAAAAUCGGGGCAAUCCAAAAUUCUAUCGUCGCAUCAACAUCUGAACCAAUUUCCAAGCAGAGAGAUGCAAUACAUCAAAAAAUUGGAAACAUUAUUGAUGCUGCAGGUGCCGAUGGUGUCAAUAUCUUGUGUUUACAAGAAGCUUGGCCAAUGCCGUUUGCAUUCUGUACUCGAGAGAAACAUCCUUGGUGUCAAUUUGCAGAAAGUGUUGAAAAUGGACCGACAACUUUAUUUUUAAAAGAACGUGCAAUUAAAUAUAACAUGAUAAUAUUAUCUUCGAUAUUGGAACGCGAUGAAGAUCACAGUGAUCAACUCUGGAAUACCGUGGUUGUGAUCAGCAAUUCAGGAAAAGUAAUGGGAAAACAUCGUAAGAAUCAUAUUCCGCGUGUUGGUGACUUUAAUGAAUCAACUUACUAUAUGGAAGGGAAUACUGGUCAUCCAGUUUAUGAUACACAAUUUGGAAAGAUUGCAAUAAAUAUUUGCUAUGGACGACAUCACCCUCAAAAUUGGAUGAUGUUCGGGCUUAAUGGUGCAGAAAUUGUUUUCAACCCUUCAGCUACUGUAAUUGGAGCUUUGUCAGAACCACUUUGGGGAAUUGAAGCUCGAAAUGCAGCUAUUGCAAACUCUUAUUUCACUGUUGCGAUCAAUCGUGUGGGUACUGAAACAUUUCCCAACGAAUUCUCAUCUGGAGAUGGAAAACCGGCACAUAAAGAUUUUGGACCUUUUUAUGGCUCAUCAUAUGUUGCUGCACCCGACGGUUCGAGAUCACCAGGAUUAUCUCGGAAUAAAGAUGGUUUGUUGAUAUGUCAGAUCGAUUUGAAUCUUUGUCGUCAAAUUAAGGAUAAAUGGGGAUUCCGAAUGACUCAACGUUUAUCACUUUAUGGUGAAAAGUUUUCAGAAGCCAGCAAACUUGAUUAUAAACCUCAAGUAGUAAAGGAAAAUUGAUUAUGAAGUUUGGUGAUUUGCGUAUAAAAUUUUAUUUGUUCAACAUUUCAUUCAAUAAAAAGAUUUAAAUAUUUUAUUUAAUUGAGUUGGUUGCACAUUUCAGUAUUCUUUCGAUUUAUCACGUGAGAAUAUGAAGGAAUCUUAAAUCGAUAAAUUGUGUGCUUUUUGAAAACAUUUGAAGACUUCUCCUUUGGAAUUUGAAUUGAUUGUUUGAUGGUUUGAAUGACUUGUGAAUUUUGUUGACUCAGUUGAAUACAAAUUGCUGUCUUUGAUGAAAAGUCAACUUUUGAUGAAAGAUUUAUUUGUGGUUCUUCAUCCACUUCUAAAUUAAUGCUCGUAGAAAUCAUUGAAGAUUUUACAUUUAAGCUCGUUGAUAAAGCUACUCCGGUACUUUGAACAACUUCCGAGUUGGCAUUUUUGUACCACAAACUAAUCUCAAACUUUCCAUUCAAAUCUAUUGAAAUAGCUCCAAGAGCUGAGAAAUCGAUGAAAGCUCCGUUAUUUAAGGAAAUAAUUUGUUGGUGGUCUUGCAAAAUUGUCGUGCCUUGAUAAGCUGUUGUCGGUUGCGAAGCAGUUCCAGACCAAACGUGACCCAUCAGUUCUCCUUGUCCGGUGAAGAAUGUCAACGGUCUCAUUUGAGCGCCUUGAAUUGCUAAUUCCAUUCCUGCUGUUGCCGUCUCUUCUUCGUCACCAUCAGUUUCUUCUUCACCAGAACUGCUUAUGAAAGAUGAAAGUCCACUAGCAAAAAUUCCUAAUGAGAAUAAACUUAUUUCUUCGUCGGUUGUUCUCAUCAGCAAAUCAAAAUUUCCACGCUUCAAGACGCCACCUUUUAUUUCUUGAACGCUUAACAGUGAACCAUUGAAUGAAGGCUGCUGAGAAAAUUGUCGAAUGAGUGCUGUCGAUAAACCUUUCAGACCACCGAAAACAUUCCAAUUGUUGAUUUGAGGCUCUCUUGACAAAACAAUUUUCAAUAUUUCAUUAAAUCUGGGACAAUUUUCAGACUUCAUUCGAAGCUUUUGCACCAUGUACUGCUUUAUUUCGUAAGCUGAAUCGUUCGAUUUCAAAUAAGCAAUCAACUCAAGUAAAUCAUUCAGAUCAUGUUUUAAUUCUAAUAAAAUAUCUAAAGCCAAAGUUCUUGCACUUGAAUCAAAUUUCUUAAAUCUUUGAAAGAAAAUUUUUUUGAGUUUCAUUUGAUGUUCCAACGAUAAAUAUUCAGUUUUGAAUUUCCUCAGUGCUUUCAUUGCUGCAACUGAUAUUUGAUUAGGAUAAUUCAAUGCCAUAUUAAUUAACUUGUCAACAGUAUCUGGUGAUUGAAGAUUUUGUAAUCCUCGAAUAUAAAUCACUUUGCAAUUGUUGUCAGAACAUUUGUUGAUCGAUUUCAUCAAGAAAUUCUUUACAUCAACUACAACGUGACUUUCAUAAUCUUGUUGGGGUGUUUGUGAAAACUUUUGUGCCAUUGAAGAAACUGUUUGAACUAAAGUGUCUUUAAGUUUUUCGCUUUCAAUCUCGUCUACCUUUAAUGUCACCAACAAAUCUCGAAUAACUGACUCUUCAGGACGAAUUCCAACUGCUAAAGAUUGCAAAUAUCUUUCAAUGUCGUUGAAAUCUUCUGAACUCGAGAGAUUAAAAGUUUUGCUGAAUGCUUCGUGAGAUUCUUCUGUUUGAACAGCUCCUAGUAGAUCCAUCAACUGCCCUCUAAUUUCUUGUGUCGAUCUUGCAUUUAAAAUUCUUAUAAAAUCAUCAGUUUUGG